AACGCAGCCCGCAGUGAAGCCUGUUACUAAUGAUGGGGCUGAAAACGAAAUGAGGAACGCUGUUUCCACACUCCCUGUAUGUGUGUGACACUCUGUUUUUGAGGAAGUGGACAAACUAGCAACUAGGAGGACACUUGUUUUGAUUCACAUAAUGGCUUUUACCCCUAUAGGCCAUCAAAUAUGGGACCUUCACGCCUGUGCUCACGGAUGUGGAUCGUCGCGUCUGCGUUGAAAAGCAACGGUCGGUCGCGAUGCUAACUCGCUAGCUUCCUCUUUGAUGUUUGUUCCUUGAAUCCUUCGAGACUAUAACACAGGCUAUCUCUUCAUUUACGACGUUUACACUCUGGAGACUUGUUACGUAUUGUUAACGGUACCAAAGGAGAUUAACAUAAAUGCCAGCCAUCCUGAAGGCAACCUUUCAGCUACGUUUUAGUUAGCUGACUUUGUAAGUUGCUGUUAGCCAAUAAAAUAAUAAUCCAGGUAAUUAACACAGCAGGAGCGAAUACACAGGAACGACACACAGACUACUAGUUAAUGAAUAACCAAACUAACUAAUUUAGGGUUUUAGAGAACCGUUAAGACUCCAGUGAUGCUAUGCAAAUGUUUUCACAGCAAAGUUUUGCAUACCGCUAGCUUAAUUAAUAGUAUUCAUUAAAACAAGAUCUGGAUUUUCGUCUCACUGGUUUAAACUCUUAUUUAAAAAAGAGACCAAGAGAAGAAGCUGUGAUUAAUGCAGGUUUUCGAACAUUUCAAGCCUCCUCCCUCUGGUUUCUUCACCAAAUGUUUGGUUAAAAUGUUUGGAGUUGGCACUUUUAGCUCCUAACAGGCAGACAUGCGUGUCUCGUCGUUUUUGGCCUUGUUCAGGCCUGCUUUGCCCCUGCUCCUGGGGCUGUCUCUGGGAUGCAGUCUGAGCCUUUUGAUGGUGUCCUGGACUCAAGGAGACACGGAUGAUCCCUGCAGAGAUGAUCUGAAUAAAGGCAGCCUCUUCCUGGGUAGAGAUGUCCAGAGAGACCAAAGGAAUGGAGCUGGGGAGGAAGACUUCCAGCCACGGAUAAUACCUUAUCACAAGGAUCCUAACAAACCAUACAGGAAGGUCCUUAGAACUCGAUACAUCCACACUGAACUGGGCAUAAGAGAACGACUGCUGGUGGGCGUGCUGACAUCCCGGGCCACCCUCAACACACUAGCCGUGGCGGUAAACCGAACCGUCGCCCACCGCUUCCACCGGACCUUUUUCUUCACAGGACUGCGGAGCCCCAAAGUGCCUCAUGGCAUGACUGUGAUUGCCCACGGUGACGACCGGCCCGUGUGGCUGAUGUACGAGACGGUGCGCCACCUCCAUCAGCACCACGGUUCUGACUACGACUGGUUCCUGCUGGCCCAGGACGACACUUACAUGCAGGCGGAUCGUCUUUCGGAGCUGGUGGGUCACCUGAGUUCAGGUCAGGACCUGUACAUGGGCAGGGCGGAGGAGUUUAUUGGAGGGGAAGAGAAGGCGCGGUACUGCCACGGUGGUUACGGCUACCUGCUGUCCCGCAGCCUGCUGGCCCGUCUGCAGCCGCACCUCGACACCUGUCGUAACGACAUCCUCAGCGUGAGACCCGACGAGUGGCUGGGCCGCUGCAUUAUCGACUACUUGGGUCUGAGUUGCGUGGAGAUGCAUCAGGGGAUGACGUACCGUUACUUUGAGCUUCAGAAGAACGCUGAUCCAGAGCGUGAAGAGAGCGCAGAGUUCAAAAACGCCUUCACGGUUCAUCCUGUAUCAGACCCGAACCUCAUGUACCGUCUGCAUAAACGUUUCAGCCACAUUGAGCUGGAACGGACGUACCAGCAGAUUCAGGAGCUCCAGAUGCAGAUGAGUAACCUGAGUGACCUUACGCCAGAGGGCAAGGCUGGGGUCACAUGGCCGAUAGGAAUCAACCCUCCCUUCAAACCCAAGACCCGCUUCGAGGUCAUAAACUGGGAUUAUUUCACAGAGGAGCACAUCUACACCUGCAUCGACGGCUCGCCCAAGUGCGAGAUGAGAGGGGCGGACAGAGCCGACGUCGGCGCCAUACUGGAGAUCGCCGUGGAGGGACUGAAUGAGCGCUACCAGCCACAGCUUCGCUUCCGAAAACGGCGCUUACUCAACGGGUAUCGGCGCUUUGAUCCCACUCGUGGCAUGGAGUACAUUCUGGACCUCGCUCUGGAGGCUUUCACCCAAAAAGGCCACAGCCAGGUCAUCGCCAAGCGAGUCAAUCUGCUGCGACCUCUCAGCGCAGUCGAGAUCAUUCCCAUGCCGUAUGUAACGGAGGCAACGCGGGUGCAGGUCAUCCUGCCGAUUACCGCCCAGGACCAGGACUUUGUUGGUAACUUCCUGGACAUGUACGUGAUGAACACGCUGGACACGCACGACAACGUUUUACUGACCUUCCUGUUCAUCUACGAUCCUUUCGACGCUCAGAGAGUCAGCCAGAUGGACGUGUUUGCUGGUGUGAAGUCCAUGAUCGGGGAGGUGGAGAAACGCUACGGAGACGUGAAGAUCCCCUGGAUCAGCGUCAAGACCGAGGUACCCUCACAGGUCAAGCUGAUGGACAUCAUCUCCAAGAAGCAUCCUGUUGACACGCUGUUUUUCCUGGCCAGCGUUUGGACGGAGGUCAACUCUGACUUCCUGAACCGCUGCAGAAUGAACGCCAUCAGCAACUGGCAGGUUUUCUUCCCUAUCCACUUCCAGGAGUACAACCCGGCGGUCAUGUACCGCGACCAGCAGCCCUCCGCCUCAUCCUCCACCUCCGAGUCCCUGAGGGACGGACACUUUGACCGCCACGUCUUCGAUGAGGCCUGCUUGUACAACGCAGACUACAUGAGCGCUCGGACCAAAAUGGCAGCCGAUAUUUUAGACAACGAGGAGCUGCUGGAGAGUAUGGACGUCUAUGACAUUUUUGUGCGCUACUCGGGCUUGCACGUGUUCAGGGCGGUGGAGCCGGCGCUGAUCCAGAAGUACGUACGACGAGCGUGCAACCCUCGUUUCAGCGAGGACGUGUACCACCGCUGUGUCCUCAGUAACCUGGAGAGUCUGGGGUCACGCUCACACCUGGCCAUGGCUCUGUUUGAGCAGGAUCAGGCCAACAGCACGUAGAACCGCCCAGCAGCUCUGGGGACGGGCCGCGCCUGGUUAACCAAGCACAGAUGACUCAUCGUGGGUUCCUACAGCUGGAGUUAUCCGUUGUCAAGGAAACGUAAACGGGACGAAUUAUGAGUCAUGGUGAUGUCACUCCUAAAACGGGCACGCUGUUACUCGUGACCUUCUUUGACAGAAUGUGAGACAGUAUUCAUGUUUUAAAUUGGCUGAUGUGUGUGUGGGUAAAACAAAAACGCCUUUCAUUGUUAAUAUUAUUAAACUUGAGCCAUCGGUCUUCUUUGUGAAGAUGAUAAUAAUGCUGGAACAAGCUGCCUUUUCUUUUUCUAUUAAAAGUGCUUCCAAUCAGGA